AUGGCAAAUGAUAGAAUGGAAGCUGAAAUAGCGACGUUUAUUGCUGGACAUGUUUCGGCCAGAUCGGGACUUCCAAACACAAAGAAUUGGACUUCUUCUCAAAUCUUGGACCUUCAACGAGCUGCUAAUUCUUUAAUAACAAACUCCUUUUCAGGAAAAAGCGAGACAAAUUUCGACAUUGACAGCAUUUCUCGCUGUUUCCAGUGUUUGUAUAUGAUUCCAAGCACAGAUGAGGUUUCUGUAUUGAAAAAGAACCAACUAUUUGUCAUCAAGUUGAUAGAGCGGAAACAGUAUAAAAUGGCCUGGAUCGAGCUCCAUCGCCUCUCACAUAUUCUUAAUAGGGUGGUAAACUCUGUAGAAACUGGUGAAAAUUCUCCUAUUGGCAACAUACCCCUUACAGUGGAUAUCCUUGAUGGAAUUCCCUACGUUGAAUGCAUUGUAAAUGAGACUUUGGUUAACCUGAUCAUCGGCAUAAUCGUGGCCCACCACUUUUUAUGCCUCCAGAAUGUACUUCUUUAUCUUUCCAGUAAUGUCAAGGGAGUUUCCGCAGGUGUGGAUCCGCUUUUAAAACUCUCUAUGUUUGAAAAUGUCAAUUCCUUUUUUCAAUCCAAUAGCAAUUUCAUGCACUGGAUAGUGCUAUCUAGUCAACUAGCUCCAGAAAAUAUAGCGAAAUACACCAAGAAUGCAAUCAAAAUGCUAAAUGGAUACAUAAAGAUUAUCGAAAUAUUGGCUCGCAACCUGAAAGUGCCAAUACUAAAGGAAUGUAGAAUGAACUUGAAUUCUACAUUAAACGAAUUGGCAUCGGGAUUAGUGCUCGGAGGCACUCGUCCUCGAAAAAGACAAAGACUCGAACCGAACAGCGUAAUCACAGUCCAAGAAAUUACUUCCACAGCACAUGAAGUCCAUGAAUGCUUGUUAUCGUUAGCAGAAUCCCCAUCGUCAAUACUAUUGGAUCAAUUAAACAUAAGAUUGAUGGAAGCAUCGCACGAUUUGUUAAACCAUGAUACCAUUGUUAAGGCAAUGGCAGCAUAUAACUUACAGAACGAUUCAUUUUCGCGUACCUAUGUCAAAAUCAUACUUUCAGCAUUUGCAACUAGGAGUGGCCACUUAAAAAGUCUUGGGAAAUUGCACCUAGAACUCAUUGAUUCAUUCACAAUUUUCGUCAAGGACUUGUUACCAAGAUCUGAGGAUUCGGCCAUUUUAACAUCCAUCAUUUCUCAGUUAUAUACAAUCCUUAAUCCAUUCAACCACUAUAAACGUUUGCGGAAUCUUUCCAAUUUGUUGUACCUCGUAGGUAACAAGUGGCAAAAUGUGGAAGCAUGGAAAUGGUCGAUCAAGUACGAACUUAAUAUCACCCUUAACGAGUCAGAUUAUAUAUCUUUCAACACAAAGGCACUGAAAGUCUGCAACAUGUUGCUUGUUUUGGGUUACAAUGACGAAUCUUCCCGUUUGCUUCUAAGUGUAUUAGAAAAAAACCAAAAUCUUCAAGCUCAACUUUCGCUUUCUGGAAGUCUUCUUUUACAAGUUGUCUACAAAUGUAUCUCCCAAGAUGACAAGUUUCCGCGUCUAGUAUUUGGCAACAACUCUCUUUCAGAUGAUUUUAAAUUGGCUCUUGUAUUCGAUAUAUUUAGAGUACUUGAAAAAUCGGAAGAUGUUUCUAAUAAAUCGGAUUCUGCGAACAAAAUUGUUCAAGAAGUUACGUUUCAAAAUGAUGACUACAAGCUGAUAUCGGUGUAUUAUUAUUACAAUGUGAAUGGCCUCUCGCUGUAUCUCGACAUCAAAAUCCCAACUACUAAGAAUAGUUUGCUUAAUUGUGGAUUGAUUUUACAAAAAUUGAUCAAUAUUGAAUUCAGUGAAUCCCAAUUAGUUAACUGUAUUCAUUUAUUUGAAAUUUGGCUAAUGACCCCAACCAAAGUUAUCAACACAUAUGAGCAAAAUAUAAUAAUUACAUUCUUACAUUAUUUGAAGUACAACGGUUGUACAGGACAUCUUAUUCGCAUAAUCAGCACUUUUAAGAUCAAGAGUGUAAGCUUGGAUCCACAAUUAAAACUCCUUCUCGAGUCAGAACUUUGUCUGGCAAUUUCCCAGUUAUCUUUGUACAAUGAUGUUUCGAAUUCUUUGAUAGAUUUGAAAUCUAACUUGAAGGCAAAUAAUGCAACCUCUCUCACCCAAAUCUUGUCGUUUAACAUUCUUCAACUUGAAUAUUGUAUUGGCACUGGGCAUAUAAAAGCUGCCAAAGAGAAGUUUGAAAAGAUAUUGAGUAUAUUAUCGGCAAGGGAAGAGUUUCAGUUGAAUUCGAAUGCAAGGCUAUCAGCCGUUGACAAGUUCAAUAAUUUGUUGCUUGUGGCCAAAUUUCAAGCAGCAUCAGCUAAGCUCAAUAUUGCCCUUAAUCAGCCAGUUGCUUCAUAUAACAAUCUAAGGAUGGCUAUAAAGUUGUUGUAUUCAAUUGUUAUUAAAUGUGGUCCUAACAUGCCAAAGGAACUUUAUUAUCAAAUUAAAUGGGAAACUUCAAAUCUACUUCUGGAUUCGUACAAGAGAAUUAUUGUGGUGUUAAAGAGAAUCGGAAUUACCAGGGAUAGCUUGUUCUAUCAGAAUGAACUCAAAAAGAUAAAUGAACAGACUCUGGCACCGCUCAUCAACUGCAUAAAUUAUUUCGAGAUAUUGCUAUUCAACAUUUUCAUGGAUCGUCAUGAAGAUCGGGAGAUUCUUCUUUCAAAGCUAGAUGAUUUAUUAGGUCAAAGAAUUGUUUCUACGAACUUGUCGGUGAAGUUUUUCAAGAAUAUAGCCAAUGGAAUUUUGAAAUUGAAUGGAAAAUCGAUCACUCUUCCUCAUUUCAGCACUUUGGAUGAGAUACCCUACUCCGAAUUGGUGUCUAUGUAUCGGUUGGACUAUACUCAAGAGAAAACGUUUGAGUAUUUAACAUCUUUGUACACUAAAGAAAGUCCAGUGGUCUUCGAUGUAGACGAUCUGAUUCCAUCAAAAAUUCUUCAGAUAAAGAAGCAAGUUGAUGAGUUAUUUUUCAAGAUGAAAUCUCAUCCUCAAUUCAAAUUCCUCCUGCAAGUGCCCCAGUGUCUUCCAAGUGUUCAUGAAGGAGGCAAAAAUAUGCAAUUCGCAGAUUCGACAAUUUUGAAUGAUUUCUUGGCUAUUAAAGAACGUAUAAUGGAAUGUAUUGCCAGAGAGGACUUUGUUGGACUUGCAAUCUAUGAAUUGAAAGAUAUAAGCUUUGUUCUUUUCAGGUGCUUGCACAUCAUUUCAUCUAUAACAAUCUAUCUUCCAAAGAGUAGUUUAUUAGAAGACUGCUAUUAUUUGCAAGAUUUGGUCAAAGCACUUCCAGUUAACAAUGAUCGACUCUUGAAUCGUGACAGCAAAAGUUCAAACCAGUUACUUCCCGAACCUAUAUCGCAUUCAAUUGAAAGUUUUGAUUCCAAGUCGUUAGAAUUUGCAACAGAACUUUCCAUGCAACUUCCCCUGAGUUGGUCUGUUAUCACAUUGGACAUUUGUCCUUAUUCUGGGGAUAUUUUGCUUUCUAGAUAUAUCAAAGGAAAACAUCCAUGGUUUCUUAGACUACCAAUUAGCAGAUAUCAUGAUAGGUCGCCACGGACUUCUGUGAUAUCAUUUCAAGAGAUGGAAACACAAUUUAAAGAAAUAAUUCGGCAAAGUGACCUUUCUACUAAAUCAUCAACUACAUCUAAAAUUCACACAAAAGAAGAAAGAAAAAACUGGUGGAGGUUGAGGUUCAGUUUAGACUUGAAGAUGAAAGAUUUAUUGGAUCAUAUAUCAGACUAUUGGUUUGGAGGGUUUAAAGGCUUAUUUUUCAAUUACGAUGAGGAUGCUGUUUUUCAAAAAUUCAAAACUGAUUUCUUGAAGAUAAUAAAUAAUCUUUUGCCGUCGCGUGUUUCAGAGACUGGUCCGUUCUCACAAUUAGAUGAUAAUAUAAUCCUUUUGUUUUACAGUUUGCCAAGUUAUGACGUUGAAGCUGUUGACGAUUUAAUUAUCUUCUUGGUUGACACCCUCAACUUUCAUGGAGAGCACAAUGACUUUUCCUCCAUUAGAAUGGAUCAGUUGCAUAAUUCAUUGGAAGUCUUAUUCGAUAAGUAUUUCAGUUUACGAUCCCCAUGUUCUAGGGAACAUAUUGUGAUUGUUCCUAGCUCAAAUUGUACUUUCUUUCCAUGGGAGUCGUUGGGUUUUCUUUCAGACAAAUCCAUUUCAAGAGUUACUUCAGUUAGACUCUUGCUUGGUUUAUUGAAAAAUGGUGAAUUACAUGCUUCAAGAAAUUCAGGUAAUGCAUACUACUUGGUAAAUCCAGGAGGUGAUCUAAAAAGGACUGAAGAAAGGUUUCAACCAAUUUUUGAGAGUAAGAAAGGUUGGAAGGGAAGUGUGGGCAAGCAGCCAGAGGAAGAGGAGCUCUUGAGUGGUAUAAUAAACAGUGAUCUAUUUGUAUAUCUCGGUCAUGGGGGGUGUGAGCAAUACUUAAGAGCAUCUACUCUAUUCAGGAAAUGUUUACCAAACGGGCCGUUCUUACCCCCAACUUUACUAAUUGGUUGUUCAUCUGGUGCUUUGCAAAUGAAUGGAAUCCUAGAACCAUAUGGGAAUAUUUUUAACUGGUUAGCCUGUGGUACCCCCAGUGUACUUGUGAAUCUAUGGGACGUUACUGACAAGGAUAUCGAUCAGUUUAGCGAGUCUGUCUUUGAAAAAUGGGGAUUGUUGCAUACUUACAGCAAUUCCUUGAAUCUCGCCGAAGCUGUCAGUAAGAGUAGGUCUACAUGUACUUUGAAAUAUUUGAACGGGUCUGCACCUGUUGUUUAUGGGUUGCCAUUGAGAAUAUAG